CUCGUGGCAACAAGAACGAAAACAACUACCAAUCUAUCUACAUACAAUCAUCACCUGGAUACCAUACAGGAUGGGUAAUGAUGGUGGAAGUAUCCCGACCCGCAGGGAACUCGUCAAAGAAGCCGCCCGCAACCCCACCACUACUCAAGUUAAAGAAGCUCAGCGCGAACAACAAGAACAUGCCUGGACGAACUGUCCUCUUUCGCACAAGCCUCUCACGAGGCCAAUAGUUUCUGAUUCUGUCGGGAACCUCUAUAACAAGGAUGCGAUCAUCAAAGUCCUGCUCCCGGGCGACGAGGCCGAGGGCAUUAGCUCGAAGGCGGACUGUGAGGAAAUCCUAUGCGGACGAGUGAAGUCAUUGCGCGAUGUGGUCGAACUGCAUUUCGAAGUUGAUUCUGAGCGUGGUGGACCUACUGGUGACUCAAAGGGACGACAUGAAGGUUGGAUUUGCCCUGUCACGGCGAAACAGCUGGGACCGAAUGUGAAGUCGGUCUAUCUCGUCCCUUGUGGACACGUUUUUUCGGAUGAGGCGAUCCGUCAGUUGAAGGAGGAUAGAUGCUUGCAGUGCAACGAGCCCUACACCGAAGACAAUGUCAUCGUCAUCCUUCCGACCAAAGAAGCCGAUAAGCAACGGCUCAUCGAGCGCGGCCAGAAGCUCGCAGAACAAGGCCUUACACACUCACUGAAGAAAGCACCUGGCUCAAAGAAGCGGAAGAAGAACGCGAACGGCGAGCCGUCUGCCUCCGCUGAGAAUGAACCUGCGGCUUCCUCGUCAGCUAACAAGACGAACACGUCGGCCAACAGCUCGUCUGGGAUCAAGAAUGCUGCAACUGCUACGUUGACAGCCCGAGUGCUGGAGGAGGAAAAAGAGAAGAAGAAACGACGGAAGAUGAUGGGAACGAAUGAGAAUAUAGAGAGUCUCUUCACGAAGAGCUCGGAUAAGCGAAAGGAUACCGACUUCAUGACGAGAGGAUUUUCGAUUCCUGCGGGAGCUAAGAGAAUCUAAGCUCUCCACUAAUGAUUUUGUUGUCAAUAUGGUUCGAACUGGCGUCGCACGGGAGUCGUCAAUUGCAGGCGCAUCAAAGGGUCCGGGGAUCAAAAUGCUGGGAUGGAUUUUCGAUUUUUGGAUAAAAUUUGCUAGUGGGGGACAUCGUCGAUUAUAUGUGUACAGUUUCUAGUUGGCA